AUGGCGCUGGAAGACUGCUCCUCAAUGUGGAAAAUUAAUCACAUCAUAGAGAAAAUGCCCAUGCUAUUCAAGCAUGGCAUGACAUUGACCGAUAAGAGCUGUUCAGGAGGAGAGGGGCGUAUGCAUAGGGACAUCAAAUAUGGUGAAAAUGAAAUCAAAAUACAGUUCGAUGGAGCCUCCAUGGGGGAUAUUAAGGACUCCUUGAAGGUCGAUACACCGGUAAUCAAGGGACAGUGCAGAAAGCAAGAUGAAGAUGAUUGUUGGUCGAUCAGGGGCUGUGGUUCCUGUUGUACUUGUUUCCAGCUCCCCGAGAGCUGUAACGGAUAUAACAUCAAGGCAGAGUUCAAGAAUGGAGUUCUGUUCAUCUCAAUCCCCCGCUUUCAUUGGUUAAUGUGGCGGUUAUAA